CGUACCAUAUCCAGACCACAUUAUUGUGGUCGUCGUGCUUCCCGCCCCCACGGCCGGUGAACUAGCCGCAACGACGGCGACGACGACCACUGGUCCAUGAGAACCCGGUGCGGCCGUACCCGUACGUGUCAUCCCGGCAGCCUCGAAACGACCGCGGUGGGCGCGUGCCAACAAGGCGCGCCUCAGGGCAAGGCAAGAGCACCACCACCGCUAGCUUAAGCUUGAGCGUGCGAGCCAGCCGUCACAAGUGGACACCAGUUAGCACCACCAUCUUGCGCGCAAAGAUCAACGCCAGCAAUGGCCUUGAUGCCUGUGGAGCUCUGCUACGCCACGUUGGCAUCUCCGGUGGCGGCGCCGUCGGGCAGGAGGGUGCCUAGGCGGCGGGCGGUGGUGCGGUGCGCGGCGACCGCGCCCGCGCCGAUGGGGGAGAAGACCGAGUACAGGGACGGGCCGCUGGAGCGCGCGUUCAUGGGGCUGUUCGCGCGCAAGAUGGAGAAGUUCGCCGGACGGAAGAAGAAGCCGGGCCCGGGCGGCGAGGAGGAGAAGAAGGCGGUGUGGGAGUGGGACUACGAGAGCUUCGUGGACGUGUCGCGGCGGGUGAUGGUUGGGCGGUCGCGCGCGCAGCAGCAGGAGGCCGUCCGCGAGGUGCUCCUCUCCAUGCUCCCUCCCGGCGCCCCCGAGCAGUUCAAGAAGCUCUUCCCGCCCACGCGCUGGGCCUGCGAGUUCAACGCCGCCCUCACCGUCCCUUUCUUCCACUGGCUCGUCGGCCCAUCAGAGGUUAUCGAGGUAGAGGUUGACGGAGUGAAGCAGAGGAGUGGAGUGCUCAUAAAGAAAUGCAGGUACUUGGAGAACAGCGGGUGCGUUGGGAUGUGCGUCAACAUGUGCAAGAUCCCCACGCAGAGCUUCUUCACCGACGAGUUCGGCCUUCCCCUCACCAUGAAUCCAAACUUUGAAGACAUGAGCUGCGAAAUGAUAUAUGGUCAGGUGCCCCCACCACUGGAAGAAGAUCCAGUGUCAAAACAACCCUGCUAUCCCAGCCUCUGUUCCAUAUCGACGCCCUCCGCAGCAAUAUGCCCCAAAAUUCAGAACUAGAGAAAGCAACGAAAACAUUCCUGAAUUCAGAUCUUGGUCGCUUUCAGUUUCUUCUGCAAGCGCUCACAAGGGUUUUGAUACAUAAAUAAUUGUGCAUGGUAUCCGAUAGGCCAGAAUUUCAACAGGGACAAUAGAUAGUGCAUCGGUAAAUUUUAUACACUCAAUGUAUAUAAUGUAGCCCAUAUCUUACAGGAAAUGCAAGGGUACAUCAUCCGAAUAACUACUACUAAUUUUGUAAUUGCUGCAUCUUUUCGCCGCAUGACUAGAGUUUUCGGCUGUCUAUCUUUUUGUAAUAAAGAGUAAAAUAUGUCUACUGUA